AACAACCAAACUGCCAAAAAUAACUCUUUCCAAAUUCAUCAAUUUCUCUUCACUUUCGUUUUGUUCCUUUUUUCCUACUUAUAAACUAUUUUCUUCAUAAAUUCUUUAGUUUUCUUAUUCCUCAUAAUCAUCUAUCUGACCAUGGAUCAUCAAUUUUGAUAAAAAGGAAAAAGCAAGUUCGAAAUCUUGUUAAGCCAAAGAAUAUAAUGGCAACUAGGGGAAAGGACACUGCUCCACCAGGAAAGGAGAAGAGAGGGGUAUCUCCUUCACAUCCCAUUCCUCAUCAUAUGAGAAGUCCUAAUUCAUCAGCUACAAACUCUCCGGUGCGGAAGCGAGCAGAGUCAACCACCUCAAAUAAGAGUGUUCCCAACUAUCUCAAGCCUACAGUGUCUUCAUCAGGUGACUCCAACAUUCACAAUAAACCUACUCUAAAUCGCAGAAGAUCAUUUGACAAGCCUCCUCUUGCUACUUCGCCAAAAACUGCUAAUCCUAAAGAGAGAAUUCUUCGGCCAUCUUCAUCGUUUUCAGGCAAGACUAGUUCAACUUUACAGAAUUUGGAUAGAUUAUCCAGAACAUCUCAUAUGAGUAAGGAUGCCACCAGUAAACAACGUGGCACCGGCACGUAUGCUAGAUCAGGGAGCAUAAAGAAGAUUACAGCCGCCGGCACCGCCUCCAAGAAGCAGGAGGCCAGCAGUACUAGUCAUAAUGAUACACACAAAACAAGAAACGAUCAAGAUGGUCAUAAUAGUUCAACAACAAAAGCAUCAAUAACUGAUUCUUCUCAUGCAGUGGCAGAUGUUAUUCCUCAGGCUGAAACUGGUCAAGAUGACACAUGUGAAUCAAGAAAUGAUCAGGAUGGUCUCGAUGAUUCAACACCUAAAGCAUCAGUAAUAACUGAUCCUCCACAUGCAACUGAGGAUGUUACCAAUCCUCAGGCUGAACUAUCAGAGCAAGAAGACAAUCAAGAAUUGCCAGUUACUGAUACUGAAAGCGAUGUGAUCCUUAACAACAAUGAAACUGAAGAUACUAAUGCAGGAGAAGACAAAUCAGCCAUUGAAGAUCAAGAAGAGCAUAAUGGAAAUGUAAGCAAUGCUGAAAUAGUAGCGGAGAACCAAGAAAUCAGUAAGAUGGAGGAGCCAGAAGAGGAACAACUUGUUGAAAAAACCAGCCCCCACACCCCUCAAGAACCAGAAGAAAUAACCAAUGAACUUAGCGAACAUAAUCUUGAUGAGAACACGGUAAAAGUAGGGGAUGAGACUCAAAAAGAGAAAGAAGAGGAUGGAGGAAAGGAAACUGUUAUGGCAAAGGAAGGUGAAGCAGUGCAGGAGACUAAUACUACUGUGGCAUCAUCAAUACCUCACUGUCAAGUGGUGCAAGGGAAGAAGGAAUCUGUGGUCUCCAAUGAUGUGAUUGAAGAGACUGCAAGUAAGCUUAGAGAGCAAAGGAAGAACAGAGUGAAAGCACUGGCUGGCGCCUUUGAAACUGUCAUCUCCUUGCAGGAGCCCAAGGCAUAAAUUAGAACUUUUGGUAGAACUGGACAUGCUUUGACUGGAAGAUCAGAUAUGUUGCUACAGUUUGGCUGAUAGGGAAUGCAUCACCAAAAGUAUAUGCAUCCAUAAUUGUUGGUCAGAAGGGAAUUUCCGUAAGUAAAUUCUAGGAACAUACAAUUAUUUUACCAAAAAAAAAAAAAAAAAAAAAGAAAAAAGAAAAAAGAAAGAAAGUAUAAGAAAAAAAUCGAAAGAAAAAAAAAAAGAGAUAGGACAUAUAUGUGGUUUUAUUUUGUGUUGCUUUAGAGCUUUAUCUUAAACGGCUCUGUAUAGAAAUACCAGUGAGAAAAACCCUGGCGGUUUGUGUAUAAAUCAUAUUUGUACACACAUGUAACAUUUUUCUUUGAAUUUGCCCCAGGUUCUGGUGGGUAGUGAAAUUUAUUUUAUAGGAUUGUUGAUGGACAAAAAGUUAAUGUAUCAGAUCAAAUGAUAACUCAAAAUAUCGUUGAAUGA